AUGUCGGGUUCAAAUACCAAACAAGCAAAAGUUGAUGAAGCCGAAAUGCAAAAAGCAUUUGAAGUGAUUGGUGAUGUACAAAAUGAAAUUGAUCGUCUUAAUGAACAAGCAAGUGAAGAAAUUCUUCAAGUUGAACAAAAAUAUAAUAAACUUCGUCAACCAAAUUAUAAAAAACGUUCAGAUUUAAUUAGUAAAAUUCCAUCAUUUUGGAUUAGUGUUUUUCUUAAUCAUCCUCAAUUAUCAAGUUAUUUAGAUCAAAAUGAUGAAAAUAUUUUACAAUAUCUUAAACGUGUUGAUGUAGAAGAACACGAAGAUAUUAAAUCAGGUUAUCGUAUUAAAUUUACAUUUGAUAAAAAUUCAUUUUUUGACAAUGAUGUAAUUGUUAAAGAAUAUAGUGUUACAGAAUCUAGUGAAACACAAUGUAAAUCAACACCAAUACGAUGGAAAAAUGAAUCAAAAAAUAGUCAAGCAGCAAGUAAUAGAAAAACUGAUGGUGAUAAUUCAACAUCAACUACACGUAAACGUUCUUAUGAUAAUGAUGAUACUAAUGAACAUGGAGCAUUUAUGGCUUGGUUUACGGAUACAACUGGUGAAACAGGCAAUGAUGAAUUUGGUGAAGUUAUUAAAGAUGAUAUAUUUGUUAAUCCUCUUCAAUAUUAUUUAGCAGCAACAACCAAUGAUGAAGAGGAAGGUAGUGGAGGUGACAAUGAAGAAGAAGAAGAUCUUGAAGAAAAAGACGAUGAACAAGAAUAG